AUGAUCGUCCAGUUCAGCGACAAAAAUGAUAACUUGACCGACUCGAUAAUCUCCCUGAAUGUGUAUUCUGUUGAUAUCCUACAUAACGUCCGCCAGGGCCUGGAUGCAUCGAGUACAUGCAGUUGCUCCAGUGGUGAGAGUUCGUGUCAAAAAGAGGAGAAACGGACCAUCAGACAAUGCACUUACACUAAUCUGAGAGAUGACAGAGAUUCGGGACAAAUCAUGACAUGUGAUUUCAGAAAGACUCGCUCUGACACAGCUCUACGUGUUACCUACCAGGGAGAUUUGAGAGUAAUAAGUGGCAAUAACGUUUGUCGACGUUGGUUCAUGACAUUCAAUGGCAGAGAAUGUCAAUCACCGGCUACAAUUGAAACUCAAAUCCACCCUAUUGGAGUCUCCGGCCUGAAUAACCAUCGCCCUGCUACUGUGGAUGGUUUUUGUGAGGGUAUUAAGGAAGGUCGUAUCAUCGUUGGUCUCUCUGUUGGUAGUUGUAAAUAUGGUUACGAAAGCCAGGCAGGUGAUGCCUACACUUGCUGGGGUGCAGUUUGUCGUAUUAUCAUUGAAGAAGUGCCGCCUUUGCAAUGAAAUGUUUGAACUAAAAUAACUAUGUGUUUGCACUUUUGUGUCACUCUUAGCAGUAUCAUGUUAUAAUUAUAUAAGCCAGAAAGAUAGAUAAAUCUAAACCAUAUCUGUUCACUAAUUAAAAUGCAUUUAAAAUGGUGCAAU